CCUUGCUCUCCAUGAAUUAUUAGCGAGCGUGCAGGUUGUAGUGAGCGUGUGAGUUGCUGCCGGCAGGUCAAGCCAUCAUUGUGGACGGAGCAGCACAGCCGCCAUGGACAUCUCUGUCCUGCCCAACAACAAUCACCCAGAGAAGUUCCUCCAGCUGGACGUGGGGAUGCUGCCGGCCACACACGGCAUGUUCCAGGUCGGGGCACUCGUGUCCAGUCAGAGACACUGGCAGAACCGAGUCUACUCCCAGAGGGAGCAAAGGGUGAAGACUGAAAGCUGGUCUCCUCCGUCCCCAGAGGGCACUCGUGUGGAGUUUGAUGACAGAUACCUGGAGAAGCACAUCACACCGAUCACUCUCAAGUCCAACAUCAAAAGGAACCCUCUGUACAUGGACAUGAGAUCCAUGGAAGCAGCGGACAACAAGAAGUCCAAGCCUUCCUGGACUGUCAAGGAGUACGACACACAAACAGUCCACGGAAACCUGGCAGGUUAUCUAAAGGAGGAAGAGAAGAGUCCUAGAGAUCUGGACUUCUGGCUUGAGGAUCUCUACACACCAGGAUUUGACUCUUUACUGAAGAAGAAAGAAGCAGAACACAAAAGAAAAAGACUUUGUAAAAUUCUUUUUGCGAUCAUUGUGUCUGUUAGCGCAGUACUUAUCGUUAUCAUAGUGCCAGUUGUGGUUCUACACAAGAACAACUGAUUGAUGGGGACA